AGCUCGUGCGCACCGGAAGUGAGGUUUCUCCGCGAUCGUCGUGUUGUUGUUAGUAGCUUUUCUGUUUUAACAUUUUCAUUCAUUAGCAUUACUUCGUUGAAGAUUUGAAAUAGUUUCUCCGAAUGCAACAGUGCAUUUAUACCCACGGCGGGUAAUCACAGAGAGAGACGAACAGAGUAAUAUUGUAGAAUUGUGAUUAAUGAUCGUCGGAAUGAGUUUAGCGAGCAGCAGAGAGCAGCGCAGCAGCGCCGGAAGCCGCAUGUCCAAACUACUGGACGCCGAAGAAGAAGACGAGUUCUACAAGACCACUUAUGGAGGAUUCAACGACGAGUCGGGUGAUGACGAGUACAGAGGAGAUCACUCAGACACUGAAGACGUGAAGACGAGUGAUUUUGACAUCGAUGAAGGAGACGAACCCGACAGCGAUCAGGAGGAUGACGCUCCGCGCAGAAAGAGCCGCGUCGUCACUAAAGCAUACAAGGUCAGACAUCACUCACUCUCUCACACACACACACACACACACACUCUCUUUUUUCUUCAAUUCGUGUGUGUUCACAUUACAGUGUGUGUGUUUUCAGAAAAAUACGAGCGUUUAGAGGCUGAUAAGAAGAAGCAGGUUCAUAAGAAGAGACGCUUUGAAGGGCCGAGCAUCCGCUAUCAUUCAGUGCUGAUGCUGCUGGUCCCAGACGCUCACACGAAGGAGGAGAACGUGGAUGUGGAAGGGCUGGACCAGGACACGCCCCAAGCCACGCCCACUUCCUCAUCCUCUGCCCAGGGGGCGGGGUCUCUGUGCUCUCGCACAUACAUCACCUUCAGUGACGAUCAGACAUUUAGCUCCGCCUUCCCGGCAUCGGCUCGCUCCAGCCCCGCCCAGCCUGUUCAGAAGGUGUGUCCUGUUACCCAUAAACCCGCGCUGUAUCGCGACCCCGUGACGGACAUCCCCUACGCCAACGCCCGAGCCUUCCGGACCAUCCGCGAGGCUCACCAGAAAUACAUCGCGGCGCACGGUUUUCCCAACGCUUCUGGAAACUUCAGCGGAAACCGUGACUUUAGCGUUUCGCCGGCAGCGGCCGCCAAGAGCACACGACCGAAAGCCAUCGUCAAACACAGCGUAGUCGCCACCUAAACGCGUGCUAAUGACUGCUUUUGAGUGUUUCAAUCCACAUCACUCAGGUCUGACUGUGUUUGUUGUUGUUGUUGCUAAAUUUAGCUAAAGUUGUGAUCCAAAAUUGUCAGAAUGAGCACUUUACAAUAAGGUUUAAUUUGUCAGCAUUAGUUAACAUGAACUAACAAAUGAAAUAUACUUGUACUGCAUUUAUUUGUUAAU